AAGGAGCAGCUGUAGAGUUGACGAAGCGAGCACUCGAUGUGCAGGCCAACAAGGCGACCAUAAUCCUGCAUAAGCCACUGCAUUACGCUUCGUGCCAAGCUGAGAUGUAUCACAAACCUUCAACUCGUCGGUUGUUGACUCCAGCUCAGCGUUGGGAGGCCUGCCCGACAAAUCAUGAUCCUCGGCAACUCCGGAAGCUC